AUGCUAGAAGAUGGAAAAAAUAUAUCUAUUGAUGAUAAUGGUUCAAAGUAUGUAUGCUUGCCAUGUUAUGAUAAAAUCAUUUUUUAUUACAAAUUUAUUCAAGAGGUAUUGGAAUAUUCUAAGAGAUUAGAAAAUGCAUCACAAAUAAAAUCCUUCUUUGAUCUGUCUAAAGAAAUAACAAACUUUUCACAAAUUCAUAGUGAUGCUGUAUAUACAUGCCCAAAUUGUAAUGUAGAUUUAAUGAUUUUAUUAGUCAGUAAUCCUCAAGGCUGUGAUUAUACCUUCCAAAUCUCAUUAGCUAUGAUAAACCAUUCUGAAAAAAAACAUAUUAUAAAAGAGAAAAAUAUACAAAUACAUAAAAAUAUAGUACAUAAUAAUAAUGCUAAAAAUAAUGUACAUUUAAAAUAUGGAAACAAAGCAACAAUUGCAGAAGACAUUGAAAAUAUACCUAAUCAAGUAAGUCUAACACUACCUGUCUUGCAAGAAGAAAAUUUAAAUUGUAUUGAUGUAUUAUCUGAAAAACAAAACUCAGAAAUUGGAAUAGAGAAAAAAUUAAAAAGAGAGCUUAAGGAAUUAAAUUCUUAUGAUUCUUCUGUUCACUUAUCAAAAGUAUCAAAAAUGGAAGAGAUAUCAUAUGUGUCUAAUGAGAAUUUGCUGAAUUACAAUUAUGAUUCUGCAGAUCCAUUAGUGAAAAAUGAGCCUGAAAGUGAUAAUACAUAUUGGUUAGAUAGUGAGACUGACUAUAAAAGUGAAAAAGAUACAUAUAUAACCAAAUCACAAGAUAUUAUGCUUGGAAAAGAUAAUGCACAAGAUGAAAAUGAUAUAUAUAAAUCUUGUUUGAAGUAUGUGUGUAAAUUAUGUGGAGCACGUUAUCUUUCACAUUUGAAAUAUGAAUUUCACAUGGAAAGACACAAAUUAGAUAAAAUAGAUAAGUAUGAAUGUACAUUGUGUGAUAAAGAAACAAGUACUGAAAAUUUAUUAUGGGAUCAUUAUUUUCACACACAUAAAAGUUUACAACGUUAUAUUUGUAUAGAGUGUGGAAAAUUAUUUACAAAAAGAUCUAGAUUAAAUGGACAUCAAAAAAAUUACAAACAUUCUGGUGUAAAACAAAUUCAAGUUGGUACUAGCGAAGAUACUAUUAGUGAUGAUAUUAUACAGAAGGCAAUAGCAACAACAAAACAGGAAAAAGUGUCUAUAAAUUGUAAUCUUUGUGGUAAACUGAUUUCAGACUUGGAUCCAGAUGCUAUUAAUGACUUAGUGACAUGUGCUACUUGUGAAGACUCUACACUUUCUUUAAUGAUAGAUGGAAAUGAAACAAAAGUUAUCUCUCCACGUCAAUAUCAUUGCUCUAAAUGUCCUAAGCAUUUUGUACGAAAAGAAAGACUAGAGUUUCAUGAAAUGAGACAUAAUGAAAAUAUGAAUGAAUUUAUUUGUAGUACUUGUGGAAAAGAUUUUAGAGCAGAAAAUUCUUUGUAUGAGCAUUAUCUUUUUGUUCAUAAAGGAGCAAGGCCUCACAUUUGUGAAUUAUGUGGUAUACUUGUAACAUAUGCAAUAAAUCAUUUAGUAAAAAGCAGAAUAUGAAUGAACACUUAGAGAAACAUUGGAAAAAUGACAAAAGUGUAACAUUACCGCAAUUAUUUACAUGCCCAAUUUGUGUAGAAGAUU